AACUAAAUACAUUUCAAACAUGCAUCAAUUUGCGAACAUUUUACAAGCGUAAAAUACUCGGUGAAGCGUGGAAAGUCAAAUGAAUGUGUAUUUACCGCCAUUCAUCCAAAAUAUCCUCGAAUUUCCACUUCUCUUCGCUGCCGCCGCCAUAUUGAAACAACCGCCACCACUCCCAGGGAGCCAAGCGUUGCUAAGGAAUGGUAGCCCCGCCCCCUUUUUUCAACUAAGAACUUGAUAGGGUGAACUACAUCGAUAUGACUUUCCUAUUGGUUAAAAAAUGUGUCCGUUUUUCAUCUAACCUCCCCUUUUGCCUUUCUGCAUUUAAAUUAAUAACACAGCUGCAACUAGACGCAGAUGCAACAAUACCGAAUAUUUCUGAUAGAUUUAUGCUGAUAUAUAUCCAUUAACUGUCACAAUGGAGGACAAAAAAGAAGCGUUUGUUUCGAAAGGUGUGACGGAGUGGCUAACCCUAGGAAUUAUUAAAAUACUCGAGAAAAUGCCAUGGGUGAUGGAUGUACGUUUCGCAGAGAGGGACCCUGCAGAAAAAGAGACCCUCCUGUCCUGGGAGCAGAAAAACUCAUGCAUUUUACCAGAGGAUUUGCGAACCUUCUAUCUGACCAUUGAUGGCUUCACAUUAACCUGGAGUGUUAAAAUGGAUGAUAAGUGUGUCCCUUUAGGUUGCAUGUUGAUCAACAGCGUGAACGGGCUGUGCCCGCUCACACUUCAGACCACGCCCGUUUCCUCCCUGGACCCCGAUGCCCCCUCUCUGGCUGACCUGGACUGGGAGGAGGACAGCUCAGAAAAUGGAUUGGAGCCUAAGCUGUCCAUGCCUCAUUUUGAUGCCCGGAGCCGAAUUUAUGAGUUGAAUUCCUGCAGUGGGAAUGGAAGAGUAUGUCUGGUUUACAAAAACUGCACUCCAGGGGUGGUUGCACAGCAGAGUGAAAUCUGGUUCCUGGAUCGCUCGCUGUACUGGCAUUUUUUAACAGAAAAAUUUACCGCCUACUACAGAAUGAUGAUAACACACCUGGGUCUACCUGAGUGGCAAUAUAACUACACGCCAUAUGGCCCAAGCCCCCAAGCUAAGCAGUGGGCCGCCCUCUACAAGCCCCUGAUUUUCAGCGAGAAGGAUUCUGCUGGGGACGUUUUGCUGAACACGUUUGAUCCCACAAAAGUCUUCAAAGGUAAAACCAAGGUAUCACCCACCAAGAAGAAGCAGGCGACCCCGUGCAGCUCAGGACCCCCUGCUAAAGGACAAGGCAACACAGGAAGACCAAGUGGAGCAAAACGCUGAAAUCCAAUCUAAGACAUUGUCUGCAAGGCUGUUAUGUUUUCGUCUACCUUCCAAACGCAUCUUGAAGUAAUGAGCUGUCAUCAGCUGUUUGCUGCAUGUUUUGCAAUUUUGCAAAGCAUGCUAACAAGGAAUUGAACAGCAAGACUAAAAGGUAGUAUUCAAUGUUGUAUUUAAAAGAUAUAGGGGAUUUUGAAAUAUUUAAAACUUUGCCAGGAAAUAUAUCAAUCUAUACUAUACUCACUUGUUUCAAUACAAACUUUCUCCAAAAAAUUGCCUUAUUUCUUUUUUUUUUUUUUUUAUUACAAAUGCAAAACUAAAUAAAUGCUGUAAAAUGUAUAUAUUUAUAUUUCAUAAUUUAAAAUAAUAGUUGCUUUUAUGUUUGGAAUAAAAUGCCUAUACUUUUUGUUUUUAAUGUUGAUGUAUAAACAUGUUUAAAACAGUUCUGUAAAACAUUUUUAAAAAGUAGCCCCCUUUAUUUUAAAGGUUUAAGACUUACGUCUUUGUUGCAAUAAAUGAUAAACAAGAACUGCUGAUUGGUCAUGAAUUAUUUGUCUUCUAGUAAUGUCACCACUAUGCCAUUUAGGUGGCCGCAUAUUUCCACUGUAGGAUAGCCUACUUCUUAAUUUCUGUGGUGCUUAUUUUGUUAACUUCCUCAAGACUUGACAGGGAUGAAAAAUAAAUAAGAUGGCAAAAUAGACAACAUUAUAGAUAU